UGUUUUUGUUUUUUUUACUCAUUUCUGUUUUUUGUUACCUGCUUUGUGUUUUUAUCUGGUGUUUCUGUUUCUGCUGCACAACCAAUUUCCCAUUAGCAACAAAUUAGGUGAUUCAUUUAUUGAUUGAUUGGUGGUGUUGCUAUGAUAGAACAGAGUAUAGUGUCUACACUUAAGAGUUGUAUAUUUUGUAUAUUAAAGCUAUAUUAUCUCUAUUGAUUUCAUGUUGUUACCAUUAUUAUUAUUUGUGAAUGUGUAGGUUAUUGUCUUCCAUCUCAGGUUCUUCGGUUUAUUUUUUUUUAGCUCCAAGACAAUUUCUCCUCAGGGGUAAAAUAAAGUAGGACUAUAUCAAAUCUAAAUGUCCUAUUAUAGGCCUAAUUUUGUUUGACUGUAUUUUCAUCAGAUAUACUGUACAAUUUAAAAUGUACAGUACCUGCUGAACCUAAAUCACUCUAUCACACAACAGUCCUUUGUCGGUUUCUUGCAUUGUUGUGUCACAGUUAAACUACAACUGCAGGGAUUAAAUGGAAGCACAUGAUGAUUCAGCCCCGUGAUUUCUCUGUGAGUUGGGUCAUGUACCCAAUCAUUUCCUCUCCUUUUCUUGUCCUUUUAUUCUUUCCCCUGACACGGUAGCCCACUUCUUUCUCUCUCACACUCUCUUUCCCUCCAAUCCGUCAUGGCAUCCCCCCGGCUGGAGACUUUCUGCUGCCCGAACCGAGACGCAGCGACAGAGUUUGUGGUCACCUUCCAGCCCGUCUUGUUCGGGGCUUUAAGUCUGGGGAGCGCCGCUCUGAGCCUCUUAUUUGCUAUUUUACAAAUUCUGCCAAAGCGCAAAGGAUACAGGAGACUCGGACAGUAUCCGCUGCCACGGCCCGCGUCCUCCUCACGGAUAUUGUUUAUCGUCAGUAUAUGUGACAUACUGGGAUGCACAGGUAUCAUUGUAAGGUCAUCUGUUUGGCUGGGCCUGCCAAACAUCAUUGACCGCAUCUCAGUGACCAACAGCACUGAUGUCUGGCCAGAGGUCUUCUGUGUUGGCAGUGCGAUGUGGAUCCAGCUAUUUUUCAGUGCCUCUUUUUGGUGGACCUUUUGUUACGCUGUAGACGUCUUCCUGGUGGUGAAAACAUCUGCAGGAAUCAGUACCAUUAUCCUCUACCACAUGAUUACAUGGGGUCUGGCUGUGCUGCUGUGUGUUGAAGGAGUGGCCAUGCUCUACUACCCAUCCAUCUCUGAUUGUGAGCAAGGCCUCCAGCACGCUAUCCCUCACUAUGUCACCACAUACGCACCGAUGCUGCUCGUCCUUGUAGCCAAUCCUGUCUUCUUUAAUCGCACCAUAUCUGCAGUGACAUCUUUGCUAAAAGGACGACAAGGAAUCUACACAGAAAAUGAGAGACGGCUGGCCAAUGACAUAAAAAUACGCUUCUUUAAAAUAAUGCUGGUGUUCUUUAUUUGCUGGGUUCCCAACAUCAUCAAUGAGUGCCUCCUCUUCUACCUGGAGAUGCAGACAGACAUCAAUGACAACGGUUUCAGGAAUAUCAGAAACGCAGCCCUCAUCACAUGGUUUAUCAUGGGUAUCCUGAACCCCAUGCAAGCUUUCCUCAACACCCUGGCCUUUCACGGCUGGACAGGCUUCAAUGUUGACUUCCGCCUGCAGCGGAGGGAGCUGGCCUGGGACUCAGUUUCUACUUCAGCGCCUAACACAGAAGGCCAUAAUCCCUUGGUGGGAACUACUUUGCUCUACCAGAGUCAUGUCCAGGAAGCUAAGAAGAACAUGAUGGGCAACGGACAGCACCACUCCGACGCCAUCAGUGUCCUCUCAGAAGGUUCAGAGUCUAGUACAAUUGAAAUCCACAUUUCCAGCGAGCUCCGAGACUAUGAGGAUGUAGAUGCUGACGGAGAAUCCUUGGAGAACUCUGUGAGGCACUAGCUGGGGUGAUCAACAACCCGCCUCCCUCUACUUUUCCUGUGUGACAUUGUUCUUUUAGUUACUUUUGUUUUGGAUCGUUUUGUUUUGGACCUCUUAGCCUCUAUUGUACCUUUGAGAUUUUCCCAGUUAUUAACUGGUCAUGAGAUUUCAUUAGUUGGUGCGACAGAAUAAGUCUAAUUCCUGAUUCCAAGCCAUUUUCUUCCUAAGCUUUUUAAAUCUGUCUGCAGUGCAGUGUAAUGUUGCAUUACAGACCCAUCAACUAUACAGCGGCUGAACAGUCCCAAAGCUACUGCACUGUCUCUUGUAGCAGUCAGUCAACAGAACAAACAUGACAUUUUCGUAUUAAUAACUCAGGCUGACCUUUAAAAGUGCCUUAUGUGCUUGUGGAAAAAUUCCUCCUGGCAAAUUCACUGAAUUAGAUGAACAUUGGUUUUGUGAUAUGCACUCUUGUCAUUAAGCUCCCAAAGCACAACAGAAUGUAAUAAGCUAAUUUGUUUUUUUUAAACAGUUACUGUAUUUCCAGCUGUCCAUCUUGUAAUUUUGCACACAUCUAUUUUAUACGAUAUUAAAUAUCCAAAAUAUUUCUUAA